AUGGCAGUACUACUCUGGCUCGCCCUCUGGGCGGCAUCGAUAGCACCAGCUUUGGCACAAUCCACGUACGACAAUGCCACGCCAAACGUGUCGAUCACUGUCAAGUCUAGCGGUGGCAAUGCUACUUCCCCUUACCAGUAUGGAUUGAUGUUCGAAGACCUCAACAAUUGUGGAGAUGGGGGCGUAUAUGCGGAAUUGGUCCAGAAUCGUGCCUUUCAAGGCAAUGGCGUCUUUCCCUCCAAUCUCAGCUUCUGGUCUGCAGUAGGAAGCUCUCAGCUCUCUCUUCACAAUCUGUCCACGCCUCUCUCCGCAGCUCUACCGACAUCGAUGCGUGUCAAUGCGUCUGGGAGCAGUGUCGGUUUCGCGAACGCAGGAUACUGGGGCUUCCCAGUCUAUGCAGGAUGGAAGUACUCGGGCAGCUUCUGGAUCCAUGGCAGCUUUAACGGAAACAUCACAAUCAAUCUUCAGUCAGUACUCGAAGGCUACCACAACAAGUCCUGGGCUGAAGCUUCCGUAUCGAUUGCCUCCACAGCAGAUUCCUGGACGCAGUACAACUACACUCUGAGCCCUCCAGAAACUGCUCCAGACUCAAACAACACCCUUGCCUUCACCUGGGAUGCACCAUCUGGUUCAUGCCUCGAUUUCAAUCUCAUCAGCUUGUUCCCACCGACAUACAAGGACCGCAAGAAUGGAUUGAGAAGCGAUCUGAUGGAAGCCAUGAGUGAUUUGAAACCUUCCUUCUUCCGAGCACCAGGAGGCAACAACGUCGAAGGUGUGCGAAGCCCGUACUGGUGGAAUUGGACUGAGACGAUUGGUCCUUUGGAAGAUCGACGUAGUUAUCCUGGCACGUGGGGGUACAUCAACACUAAUGGACUGGGGCUGCUGGAGUAUAUGCUCUGGGCACAGGAUCUUGGCAUGGAACCCGUCCUCGCAGUCUGGGCUGGUCUCUGGCUCGACAAAACAGCCCUCUCAGAAGACGAGCUGAAACCCUACAUCCAAUCCGCCCUGGACGAAAUCGAAUUCCUCACCGGCUCUCCCAGCACCCCCUGGGGCUCCAAACGUGCCUCUCUCGGCUACCCGGAACCUUUCAGCAUCAAAUUCAUCGAAGUAGGCAACGAAGACAGUCUCAGCGGCGGCAAAGCCUCCUAUGGCUCCUACCGCUUCAAAGCCUUCUACGACGCAAUCACCCCCCGCUACCCCAACAUCACCCUCAUCUCCUCCUACUACAACGUCUACGAACCCUCCGGCGACCCGGGCCUCCCGGGCGCAGCAGGCGACUUCCACGAAUACGCCCUCCCCGUCACAAUGUCCUCCCAAUUCAACCAAUUCGACAACUACACCUCCGCCCACCCCCUGCUCCUCGGCGAAUUCGCCGUCGUCGAACCCGACGGCUACAACCGCUCAGACGUCACCUGGGAAGACGGCGCGCCGCGAGCCGGCGCACCAUUCUGGGACGGAAGCGUCGCCGAAGCGAUUUUCCUCUUGGGAGCCGUAGAACGCAACGCCGACAAAAUUAUCGGAGCCGCUUACGCUCCCAUGUUCCAGAAUCUCAACCAUUGGCAAUGGAUCCCCGACCUCAUCUCUUUCGACGCGGACCCGAAACAUACGACUCUGUCGACGAGUUGGCAUGUGAUCAAACUGCUGAGCGGGGUGAGGAUGACGGAGAUUUUGCCCAUGGAUGGCGCGGUUUACGAUCCGAUGUAUUAUGUGGGGGGCAGGAGUAAAGGGAGGAAGAGUUGGGUGCUGAAGGCUGCGGUGUAUAAUGCGACGGAAAAUGUUCCGUUUGCGGUCAAGUUUGAGGGGAUGGAGGUGGCGGGAAGGAUGGGGGAUUUGACGUGGUUGACUGCGCCGUUUAAUUCGAGUCAGCCGCUUGGUGGGAAUGUUGUGGAAACGCAUGUGGAGGGGAUUGUGAGUGGGGAGGGGGGAGGGUUUGAGUUUAGUUUGCCGCCGUAUUCGGUUGCGGUGUUGGAGGUGAAGACGCCGGAUGGAUAUGAUUGUGGAGGGUGGAGAGAUCAUAAGGUGUGGUAG